AUGGAUAUUGACGAUAUUGAAGAUCAAAAAGAAGUUAAAAACAGUCGCUGCACUGGUCACUUGAAACUGUUAAGCGAAACCGAUUUGGAGGGCUACCUUCAACUUCGAGAUCGUUUUCAUACAGAAGUGGCCAACGCUAAACGUGGCGAGAAAGUCGAGAUGUUCAACAAAAGACUUAAAAUAAUUAAAGAAUAUGUUGUAAAACAUGACGAAAACGACUGGAAAAGGAGUUUUGCGACAGGUGUAAUUUUUCUCGAGAAUUCCAUUGCGAUCAACAUCAAGCAAUUGAUCCUUUUAAUGGGCAAAUGCAAGUCAUCCAUAAAUGGAUCGCUACAUCAGCUUGGCUAUAUCGCAAGGCCAGCAUCAAAGGAAACAGAUGAGCAAAUCAUCCUCUCUAUUCCAAUUUUCAACAGAGACAGGCGCGAGUUGAAGAAAUGGACAAUAAGGCAAAAGCGAAACGCUCGCAGAAGACAGAAUGCCAAGCCUAAGAGCCCAAUUGAAACAGAACCAACGCCAGAGGAGCCAGAAACAGUCGUUGAGGAGAAGAGAGAACAGCCUGUUCUUGCAAAGACUGCCGAAGACGUUUGGGCUAAAACUAUCAAUUUCCCUGUUCCUGCCAAAUUUAGGUAUAAGAUGUUUAACUCCUAUUUCCAAUCAAUUCCAAUUGUUGCUCAAAUUUAA